UAUGUACAAAACUAGGAAAUUUGAAUUUGAUAAUCCACCUCUCAAUACGACACCCGUUACGACAUUUUAUUUUUGAUUUAUUGGAUUAAAAAUCAUACCCUUCCCUGUAGGUGUGUGACCUCCACUCAUUAAGCCUUAUAUAAAUAAGCCAUUUGUUAAUAAUAUUUCAUCAAAAUUAAUGAAUAAAUGUAUUUAUUACUAUCAUACAGCUAUAUUGGGUAAAACAAAAACAUUUAGGCUAUAGGCCUUUCUGUUUAUUAAACUACCCUUGUGUACCAAAAAGUAAGGAGGAGCUGAGAAGAAUCCUCUUAACAAAGUAAUCUCUAACCAUCUGCUCCAAACAUCUACCAGUCUUCAGUCUUCACCUGCAUUUAUUUUGUCCGUGGUCUUCUCUGGGGAGAACCAUGCUGGUGUCUCCUCAGGCAGAGAGGAACUGGCAGAGCUUGGCUUCAGUAUUGGAGGAUGUGCUAGAGGAACAAUCUCACAGGCAGCUGUUUGCAUUGGAAUUGGGCUCUGGCACAGGGCAGCACGUCAUACGCUUUGCCCAGAAAAUGCCCUUUGUGACCUGGCAACCUUCAGAUAUCAAAGAAGAAUCAAGAGACAGUAUUAAGGCGUACAUUGCGGCCACCAAUGCAAAGACUGUGCUCCAACCAGUGCAUCUUGACGCCAGUGAUCCCUGGGAGAAAUGGGGAAACCUUUCUGUUAAUUCUUGUGAUGUUAUUGUCGCUAUAAACCUACUGCAGUACAGCUCCUUCAAAACAGCACAGGGUGUUUUCACUGGGGCAGGUCAGGUCCUCAAACCAAAUGGUCUUCUGAUAAUAUAUGGGGUCUAUGCAAUAAACGGAACAAUUACACCAAGCUGUAAUGAAGAUCUGGAUGAAGAGAUAAGAAAGCUGAAUCCAGAGUGGGGGCUUCCAGAUAUCGAUGUACUAAGACAGAUAGCAUAUGGAAAUGGACUGCGAAUGGAGAGAAUAGUUGAGAUGGAGAAUUACUACAAAUGUCUAAUCUUCCGGAAAAUAAACAAAUAAUAAAAAUAUAUAUCUAUCUACAUAUCUAUAUCUCUGUCUAUAUCGAUCUAUCUAUGUAUAUAGAUAGAUAGACAGAUAUAAAUGUACAUAGAUAGAUAAAUAUAGAUAUGGUAUAUUGUUGUGUAAUUGACUUUUCUUGUAUAGCAUUAAUAAACGGAG